CAUGUCAGCGCGUCCCGAGCGGCUGAUGCACGGCAGCUGGCGCACACCGUUUGGUCGUGCGCGCGCAGCGCGAGUCCCGGCGGUGCCCUGCAGAGCGCGGUGUCGUCGCUGUCGGGCGCCAGUCUGCGCGACAUUCGCUCGGGGCACCUUGCGGGCCUCGCAUGGGCUUUGGCCACCCUGGCGCUGCGCGACCAGCCUCUCCUCGCAGGUCUGGCGCCACGCGCGACCGCGGCGAGUGGCGACCUGAGCCCGAAGGGCCUGGCUGUCACCUCGUGGUCGUUCGCCGUCCUGAGGUUCGCGCACUGGCCGCUCAGUCAGGCAAUUGCCGACGAGGCGAUCCCGAAGAUAGCGCAGUUCGCACCACCGCACCUGUCCAACACUGCAUGGUCUUAUAAUGCUCGACUGAAGUUCAAGCACGUUCCUUUGAGUAAGGCCAUUGCGGCCGCUGUCGUCCGCCGCGGUGCCGAGUUCCGCAUCAGCGAGCUUUCGAGCACGGCUUGGGCGUUCGCCGCGCUCGGCUUUCUCGACCGCCCCCUCCUGGCUGCUGUCUCGGCGCAGACGAUCGAAAGAGUUCCCACAGGCCCGUUCAAGCCGCAGGACCUCAGCAAUACCUCCUGGGCUUUCGCUAAGCUUGGCGUCCAAGACCCUGCGCUGCUCGACGCGAUUGCCACGGCGGCGAUUGCCACCAUCGGAGAGUUUGGAGAGCAGCACAUUGCCAAUACUGCGUGGGCAUGUGCCUCGCUGCGGUGGCGUCACUUGCCAUUGCUUGAGUCGCUAUCCACGGCCGCGCGCGGCCGCAUUGGCAGGUUCCUCACGCAGCAGAUUGCGAACACGUCGUGGGCGUUCGCCCACCUGCGAUUGCCUGACCUGCCGCUGCUGGACGCGAUAUCCUGUGCGUCGAUGGCGAGGCUUUGCGACUUCGCGCACCAGGAGCUGGCGAAUACCGCAUGGGCGUUCUCGGAGUUGAGCUAUCACAAUGCACCGUUCCUUGCUGCCAUCACCACCGCUGCCACUGCAAGCAUUCGCAACGCCGAUGCACAAGGAAUCGCUGCUCUUCUGGACGCAGGCGUGCACAGCCAAGAGCUGGAGGGCAUGCUGGACAAGUCUGUUGGCCUCCUUCUGCAAGCAGCCCCCUCCUCAGCAGCCGAGUGGCGAUGCGCGUCGCCGAGCUUGCUAACGGUUGUGCGCGCAGACAAUUUGGGUGCGAUUGGGACGGCGAAGUUGCUGAGCGCGUGGCGUCUGGGCGCGGCUGGGGACGAGCUCUGCGGACGCGCCCGCGCAGCCGCGGGCGAAGCGGCGGGCGCUUGGGCGUACUUGGAGUGCGACGUUCAGUGGCCGCCACAGCGCUCUGUGAGGCGUUGCCGCGAGCGCUGGCUUUGCGAGCCCGCCAGCGCCGUGGCCGAUCAGGCAGAGUCGAGCUCUUCGCCUCCCAGACGCCGUGCCUCUCCUGCGUCGCGGCGAUCCGGCAGUUCCAGCUGCUCUUCCCGCGCGUCGCGCUGA